ACCACACCUGAGAAGUGAGGGGUUCCACCUUUCUGAGACCUCACCCUGCACGGAAGGCUCAUGGAGCUCAGAGCACUGGGAGCUGGCCUCUGGAGGGUUGGCAGAUUCCUUCUGGACCUGUAGGGUGCCACUCCAGUCCAGCCACCAUGGCACAUGGCUUCACAGCGGGCUUUGACCCACCAGGUCUAGGAGAACUCAGCUCUAGCUCUCUGAGCUCCCUCUCCUCCCGAGGCCACCUGGGCAGCGACUUCGGCUCCACCGCAACACGAUACCUGUUGCGGAAGCAGCAGCGACUGCUGAAUGGGCCCCCCCGUGGAAUCCGAGCCUCAUCACCCAUGGGCCGUGUCAUUCUCAUCAACUCCCCCAUCGAAGCCAACAGUGAUGAAAGUGACAUCAUCCACACAGUCCGGGUGGAGAAGAGCCCAGCAGGGAGGCUGGGUUUCAGUGUGCGGGGAGGCUCUGAGCAUGGCCUGGGCAUCUUUGUCAGCAAAGUGGAGGAGGGGAGCAGUGCAGAGCGGGCUGGCCUAUGUGUGGGGGACAAGAUCACAGAGGUGAACGGACUGAGCCUAGAGAGCACCACCAUGGGCAGCGCAGUGAAGGUGCUGACGGGCAGCAGCCGCCUGCACAUGAUGGUACGGCGCAUGGGCCGGGUGCCAGGCAUCAAAUUCUCCAAGGAGAAAACCACAUGGGUGGAUGUGGUGAACCGGCGGUUGGUGGUGGAGAAGUGCAGUUCCACUCCAUCCAACAGCAGCUCGGAGGAUGGUGCGCGGCGCAUUGUCCACCUGUACACGACCUCUGACGACUUCUGCUUGGGCUUCAACAUCCGAGGGGGCAAGGAGUUUGGCCUGGGCAUCUAUGUGUCCAAAGUGGACCAUGGUGGGCUGGCCGAGGAGAAUGGCAUCAAGGUGGGGGACCAAGUCUUGGCGGCCAACGGUGUCAGGUUCGACGACAUCAGCCACAGCCAAGCCGUGGAGGUGCUGAAAGGCCAAACACACAUCAUGUUGACCAUCAAGGAGACAGGCCGGUACCCUGCCUACAAGGAGAUGGUUUCUGAGUACUGUUGGCUGGACCGAUUGAGCAAUGGGGUGCUGCAGCAGCUGUCACCUACCUCUGAGAGCAGCUCCAGUGUCUCCUCAUAUGCCUCCAGCGCCCCCUAUAGCUCAGGCUCCCUGCCCUCGGACCGCAUGGAUGUCUGCCUGGGGCCUGAUGACCUGGGCAGCCAAGGAACAGGUUGGGGGCGGGCGGACACAGCCAUGCAGACGGAGCCUGAUGUGGGGGGCCGUGUGGAGACUUGGUGUAGCGUGCGGCCCACAGUCAUCCUCAGAGACACAGCCAUCCGUUCUGAAGGACCCCCUCCUGCCCGCCGCCUUGACUCUGCCCUCUCAGAGUCCCCCAAGACUGCUUUGCUGCUGGCCCUUAGCCGACCCCGGCCCCCCAUCACACGCUCCCAGAGCCACCUGACCCUAUGGGCCCCCCGGGUGCUCCCUCGUGUCUGCAGAGGAGAAGAAACAGCGGAAGAAGGAGAAGUCGGGGUCCCCUGGGGAGAAGGGGGCCCUGCAGCGCUCCAAGACUCUGAUGAACCUCUUCUUCAAGGGAGGGCGGCAGGGGCGGCUUGCAGGGGAUGGGCGCAGAGAGGCCUGGACACUGGACAGCAGGAGCCCAGCCAAAGCCCGCCCUCGCCUGGACCUGGAGAAAGGUAGGUGCUGGAUUGACCAGGCA